GCGAGUAGUUCAACGUCAACACCCCGGGGAGGUACCCCGAGUUAGUGAUCAGCGUCGCCCAGAUGUAGGGGUUGGCGUUCGGGUCCGGAAGCGUCAUUGCGUGUGUCGGUGCUGAUGUGUGGACUGUGGCAGGGCAAUGCCUCGGUGGCUCGGGGAGCAGGGGCUAGCUGGCUGGCUUGCACGAGAGACACACGACCGCCACCCGCCACCAGUAGCAGCACAACCCAACGAGCAACUUUUCAUCUACACAACCACCUCCCGGUGCAGAAGACUGUCUGCCUUCGGCCGGCCUUCGCAGUGCCCCGAGGGCUGCCUGGAACAAUAGCUCGGGGUCGCUUAGGGCCAGGGCGAGGCGGGAACUGUGGAGAUAAGCCGUUAUCGGCGUUCCGCCCGCCGUCCUGCCCGCCGUCCCCUGGUGCACGGGCGUUCAGCACUCCACACCCGUGCACGGGCUAUAUGCCACCGCACCCGUGCACCUGCAACUGGCCCUUUUUCCUUCCCGUUGAGGCUCACCGUUUUCCUUCCGCGGCUUUCGCCCGUUUGGGCGCACUCCCACCCGCCGCUUCAACCCCGCCGCUUUCGGCAACUUCCUUGAGUUGCCCCGUUUGCUCCAUUUUUGCGGCUCCGACGCUCUGGGGCAGGGGCGAUGUAAGCAGCGCCCGGCAGGCGAGCAGGGCUGUCGGAGCGGCCGGCUGGCGCCACUGGGUGCUGCGCAGUGGUGGAGCGUCCCUCUGGCUGGGGUCCGGGUCGACACAGACAGACCCUGCUCCCCUCGUGCUGGCCUUCUGCCGUACCCUUGGCCCGUUUGUGCUAGUUCAGGAUCUGGCUCUGGCACACACCCCCUCUCUCCCCGUUUUCUCGGUCGGUGUUUCCCCCUCCUCUCCCGUUGUUACACAGACGAUCGAAAAAAUCGUUGCGGCAGCACCAGCACACCAUCACAGUUCUGACAAGCUUCCCGGCUUCACCUGCACACUCAUACCCACGUCCGGCGGAACCCCCCUCCUCCCCUGCGUUGCACCUCGGACCCCACCCUGCGUCGUUAUUAUGUUUGCUUGCCAGAUAUAGAAAAAUCACCGAGUUUGACAUCAUCUAUCUGGCCCGCAACUAGCCUACACAAAGCUGAACUUCAGAAGACACACACACGAGCUUCGACCAUCCAGCCUGCUGCAAAUACCUUGCACCCUGCGUGGCACCCC